CCGAAACGCUGAGAACUUCUCCAUCUCUCCUUCUUCCGGAGGCCGCUUGUGAAGGCCUGAGGCACUCCGAAUACUGCUGGCCGCUAAAUGGCCUGGUUCACACGAACUCCUGCACCAUUCGGAGUUGCCCCAGAGGUGAUAAGCGCCUGUGACCGACUCUGAUCCCACCUGCGGUCUAUAUACACACACGUUGUAUCCGAACCCUUAUUCGCUUGCAGUAUUGCACCUUGCUCUACGUGACAGAGAGUGAGUACCAGCACGAAGACAGAAUGAGCGGCCUAUACGCUACGUCCAAGCACUAUUUUGUCGCCGUCUACAGGCGGUACCAGAAGCUUCAUACCCAUGGCAAGCUCUUCUUACUUGCUACCGCAUGUCUCUACACGACUCUGGCUUGUGUCGUCAUAUUCGUGGGCGCGAGCCGCAUAGGCCAGAUUCUGUAUGACCUCGCGCAGGACAUCAGCCAUCGUCCGUAUGGCUGGCUGCUACUGGGAGGCGUGAUAGUGUUCGUAUCCUUCCCACCCUGUAUUGGGCACACCACGCUCGUCACUUUGUGUGGAUAUGCAUAUGGCAUGAAAGGUUUCCUCAUUGCUGCAGGUGCCUCGGUGCUAGGCUCCGCAGCAGCUUUCGUCAUACUGCGCAUGCUAUUCAGCGAGCGACUUCGGCGGUGGUCAUCCUCGAACGAGAAGUGGCAAGCACUGGAGACAGUCGUGGCUUCGAAGGGCCUUCCUUUAAUUGUGCUUGUUCGGGCAUCGCCGUUUCCUCCAUGGGUAUAUUCAAACACACUGUUUGCCUCUGUCGAGGCAGUGUCCCUGUGGCAGUUUGUCCUCGCUACAUUUGUGGUUUUCCCCAAGAUAGCGCUUCUCGUCUUCGUCGGAUCCCGUCUUGCCCCUCUAUCCGAUGGCGAGCAACGAAGCCAUAUGGAUACUUCCACAAAGAUACUGAAUGCGAGCAUCUCCAUCGGUGGAAUACUUGUCACUAUCAUAGCCGGUUGGUACGUAAUGUGGAUCAGUACCAUUGUCGUGCGCUUUCGUGACAUCUUGCCGUAGGGUCAUCUAUCGGGCAAUGCAGGCAGAGAUUCGUCGGCUGCAGGGCGUGCCGCCCGAGGUGGAUGAGAUGGUCGUGGAGGCCGAAGAGGAGGCCGAAGAGGGAGCCGAAGAGGGAGCACCACUACUCGGAAGCUAUCAAGAACCAUCUCUUCCAUCCGC